GUCACUCAAUUGUCCAUACGCUUUGGCAGCGCGCAAAUCGAAGAAAGAACGGCAUAUUUUUUUUAGCACUGCGAGGCGAGCUUCUACUUACCCUCUGUCUCCGUGUGUUUGUGAGUGUGCCCGAGUGCUUCUCUGUGUGUGUGUCUGUGUAUUGGCAAAGAAAAUUAGCACAACAAAAGCGAAAAGGAAACGAACACGCACGCACCUCGUCACGCGGAUAAAACUCUUUGAUCCGAACCGAUUCGAUUCGAUCAGAAAUCUAAUAAUUCGCCAAUAGCUCGCAAUGUCGGCCGAAGUGGAAGCGCAGCAGAGCCAGGAGACGAACGGGACCAGCAAAUUCGAUGUGCCCGAGAUAGAACUGAUCAUAAAGGCCUCGACCAUCGAUGGCCGGCGGAAGGGCGCCUGUCUGUUCUGUCAGGAGUACUUCAUGGACCUGUACCUGCUGGCCGAGCUGAAGACGAUCAGCCUGAAGGUGACGACGGUGGACAUGCAGAAGCCGCCGCCCGAUUUCCGCACCAAUUUCGAGGCCACACACCCGCCCAUCCUCAUUGACAACGGGCUGGCCAUUCUCGAGAACGAGAAGAUCGAGCGCCACAUCAUGAAGAACAUCCCGGGUGGCUACAAUCUCUUCGUCCAGGACAAGGAGGUGGCCACGCUGAUCGAGAACCUGUACGUCAAGUUGAAGCUGAUGCUGGUGAAGAAGGACGAGGCCAAGAACAAUGCCCUGCUCUCGCAUCUGCGCAAGAUCAACGAUCACCUGUCCACGCGCAACACGCGUUUCCUUACCGGCGACACCAUGUGCUGCUUCGACUGUGAGCUGAUGCCACGCCUCCAGCACAUCCGUGUGGCGGGCAAGUACUUCGUGGACUUUGAGAUCCCGACGCACUUGACGGCGCUGUGGCGCUACAUGUACCACAUGUACCAGCUGGACGCCUUCACACAGUCGUGCCCGGCCGACCAGGACAUCAUCAAUCACUACAAGCUGCAACAGAGUCUCAAAAUGAAGAAGCACGAGGAGCUGGAGACGCCCACGUUUACCACAUCCAUUCCAAUUGAUAUUUCGGAGUAGGUUUCCUAUGGAGCAGAGCCAUGCAGCCACACAUCAACUUAUAGAGUAUACAGCAACCACAAUAUUUUGGACAAUUUUACAACAACAACAGCAGCAGCAACUCUGAGGACUAUACAUAGAUGUAUACUUAACGGAUAAAACUACCCUUGCAUAUAUUAUAUAUAUAUAUAUAUACAUACUAUAUAUAACGAUUACAUAACAAGCAUAACAACAAGUGUUCUUUAAGCAGCCGCGUUGCCUUUCUUCAGCUAUGCUAAAUUUAAAACCUAUUUAAACACGAACCACAACCAAUCGAGCAGGCUUUGACUUACUUUCCCCGCCUGCAUGAAUUUCUGUUUAUUAUUGAAACAUUUGUAUUUGACAUACAGAUGUCCAGGCAACGCAUGAAUAUAAACAUAGCUCGCUGUCAAUUAAAAUUUAUCGAUUGCCUAAAUGUCCGCUUCUUGGUCUUUUUUCAUUUUACCUUAUAUUUUGUAUUCUGCAA